AUGGUCAUAGUGUCCCUCGAGAGAGACAGCAAUGGCAACAACCGGUUCCAUGGGUGCACUAGCAUACGUGAUUUUGAAUUCUUGGGUAAGCUUGGUGAGGGUACUUUUGGUGAGGUCUACAAAGCGAGAUCGAAAAAGGACAAUACUGUCGUUGCGCUCAAGAAGAUACUCAUGCACAAUGAGAGAGACGGGUUCCCCAUAACCGCACUCCGUGAAAUUAAACUCCUGAAGAUGUUAUCUCACACUAAUAUAUUACAUCUCAAAGAAAUGGCAGUCGAACGGAGUAAAGGGGAGGGACGUAAAAAGCCAAGCAUGUACAUGGUAACACCAUAUAUGGAACACGAUCUUUCGGGCCUCCUAGAGAACCCUGCUGUCCAGUUCACUGAAGCUCAAAUCAAGUGUUAUAUGCUUCAACUUCUUGAAGGUCUCAGAUAUUUACAUGAGAAUCGUAUAUUACAUCGAGACAUGAAGGCUGCCAACCUACUUAUUAGCAAUAGAGGCAUACUUCAAAUCGCUGAUUUCGGAUUAGCCCGACCAUAUGAAGAGGCCCCUCCUCAGCCUGGGCGAGGGGGUGGAGAAGCACGAAGGGAUUAUACUACGCUCGUUGUAACCCGAUGGUAUCGCCCUCCGGAAUUACUUCUUCAACUCCGGCGUUAUACGACAGCCAUCGACAUGUGGGGCGUUGGAUGCGUCUUCGGGGAAAUGUUCAAAGGAAAACCGAUCCUUGCCGGGAAUAGCGACCUCAACCAGGCGCAAAUGAUUUUUAGUCUUGUAGGCUCGCCUACAGAAGAGACCAUGCCAGGGUGGUCUUCACUACCAGGAUGUGAGGGAGUGAAGAAUUUUGGUAACAGACCGGGCAACUUACGUGAAGUAUUCAAAGAGCAAGGUCCUAUAGCGAUAUCCUUGCUUAGUGAGCUUUUAAAGCUCGACUGGCGGAAACGAAUCAAUGCUAUCGAUGCUCUGAAACAUCCUUACUUUUCAACCCCGCCACUGCCUGCACGGCCUGGAGAGUUACCGUCCUUUGAAGAUUCCCAUGAGCUUGAUAGGAGAAGAUUCCGUGGACAAAAGGCACCCAUGCCACCGGCACCUGCGGGUGGUGGUUUAGGGAUCGGUGGCCCGAACGGAAAUCGGGCAAGUGGUUCAGGGAACAGAACAGGCAUCGACGGUCGAAAUAGUCGUCUUCCAAAUGCAGCCCGUGGUACUUGGAACAACGGGGUUCCGGGAGUCCCUUCACAACGCUCUGUUGACAAUCGUAACUGCGAGAUGCACGCAGCUCAGUCAAGGACAGGUGGGGAGGAUCUCAGCCAAGGAGCCUGGCAUAAAGGCGGGUUGCCACCUCGUCCGCCGACGUCAAACCACCAGACAUGGGCUUCUGGUAGCAUAGGUAAAUUGGGACGCGACAGAAGCCACCAGGCUCGAGGGCGGUCUGAAGGAAAUCUAGACUCCUAUAUUCCAAGCUAUGCUGGCGGAGGCGAACGUCAUUGGGAAAGAGACCCCAAUUGGGGCUACAAUACGGAUCGGCGUGACAUCAAUAAUGGUGACUCGGCCUACCAACCUGUGAGAAGAGACUAUUCGCGAGAAAACCUGUCAAGACGAAGGAGCCGUAGUCCCGGCUCCAGGGAAGGUGGUCGUGAUGCAGCUAGGAAAUUCCAUCGCAGAUGA